CAGUUGGGACAUGAGUGUUGUCAGAGACUGUUAACUAGUAAAGGCGCACGCACGCACACACACACACACACACACACACACACCGUGUCCGGGAUGAGGGACUGCAGCAGAGUGUUCGGGAGCAGAGUGUAUUUGGAGCCUAAAACUCCGAGACCGGUAAAGAAAGGCGAUGUCAUACUUACUUCAAUGCCCUUCGCUCAUGCUUUCAGCUGCAAUUACUUGUCCAUGUACUGCGAUGCCUGUGCCGUGCCCUUAAGGGAGCGCAUCCCUGCAACCGUGCGGAGGACUGCAGGGUGGUGUGGUACUGCAGUGAUGAAAUGCCGUGGAAGACAGUCAGACUUGGCACCGCCUGGAGUGUUUAGUUCUCAAGAGAAGGAAGCACACAACCCCACCUAACAGCUUUGUCAGGCUGCUAGCCAGGGUGAUCUUCAGGCUCAGGGAAGGAGGCGACAGAUACGUAGAAAAGUAUUGUGAAAAGGGGCGCUCGUCGCUUCCGGGACUUAAUGAACCGUAGGUGACGGCGAGGGUGACGGGCACUAAAGCUUAGAUUAAUUAAUAUACAGUGAAGUAUGUUACAUGCUUACUGCUCAUUAAUUAACUCGAGGACUGGGGGACACUUCUCAUCAUAAAAGUGUGCUAUGAGACUAUGCCGACCUAAAGACAUGUGAGGAUAUGAAGCCAGAAAUCGAUAAGACUUUGACAGAACUCCGACACUACAUUGGUGAGAGAAACCUCCCUAACGACAGCGAUUUGCUUGGCAUCUUUGGAAGGACACUGGUCAACUGCUUCUCCUUCAUGGACAAAAACUUGCUAAGCAUUGGGUGUGCAGUGUAUCUCGCUGCCUCCAUUUUUGACAACAAUUGUACACCUAAUUGUUUUGUCACGUUUUCAGGUUUAAAAGUUGAGGUCAGAAGCCUGAUAAAUAUGCCUGACCUUGACUUAGCUAAGUGUUACAUUAGUUACACAGAUGUCAUCAGCACAUCUGCCGCCCGUCGAGAGGUACUCUACAAGGGCUGGUUUUUCCUGUGUGAAUGCAAAACAUGUCUCGAUGAGGAGAGGGCUAAGUAUGAAAAUUCCAUCAAGUGUGAAAUUUCGAACUGUCAAGGCAUUGUAAGUCUUCCUGAAGCUUCUGAUACUGUUCAACAAAUAAAGUUGAAAAUUAAAGCUGCAAGAGAGAGAGAAGAAAAGAGAAGAGAGAAAGAAAAGGAAGGUGAAGGGAGGAGAAAAUGGAGAAGAGAAGAAGGAAAAAAGUAUAGUGGAGAUGAAGGGAAAGAAAAGACAAAGGAUAAAGAAGUAAAUGGAGAAGAGAGAAAUGAAGUGGAAGCACCAAGAUGUAGUGUGUGUGGAUGGACCCCAAGCAGCGAGAAGCUCAAGCAAUAUUGGAACACAGUGGCCUUUACCAAGAAACAAUUGAAGGCCAUGGACCAGAACAACUUGAAUAUUGAAUACUGCCUACAAACACUGGAGAAGCUAACAAACUUUUCACCUAGAAAUGCCUGGAAGGUUAAAAUUCUGGACUUAAGUUUCAAUGCUGCAAUCCUGAACAGCUGCUGGAGUCUAGCACUUAAGUAUGGAGAGGAAAAUCUAGAUGGAAUGAGGUUCUACUACAGUGACAACAGUCCCGUACUCUCCCUCUUCCUCUUCAACCUUGGAAAGGCAAAGAUUUAUCUGAAGGAGUUUCGAGAGGGCCUUCAUAUCCUGGAGGAAGCAGAAUUGUUUCUCACAACAGGACUGGGCACCUCUCACCCACUUGUUGAAGAACUGCACCAGCUCACCUUGCUUGCUAAUGAGGAUCGUGAAAUAUGCCUUGAGAGAUGGUCAACAGCAACCAAGAAGGAUGAAAAGCGACAACUCCAUCAGGUUCACAGCUCUGGAGAUGAAGCACUAGCUAAGAUUUUUGCUACUCUCAAUCAAAUUUCUCAUUCAUCACCACAAAAUCUAAGUGGUGUGUAGUUAAGUUGCUUCUGGUCAAAAUAGGAUUAGAAACUGCAACAGAUUUGUAAUGGACUAUGUAGUCUUGUUUUAUAUGGUUCCCUUAAAUGGUCAAGUAAAAUUAUUAGGAGUGAAAAAUUAUUGUGCAAGGUUCAAUAUGUUUUUAAGAUGUUGGUGAUAAGGAAAAUUAAUUGUUGAUGCUUAAUAAAUAUUUGAACAUAUGAACAA